AUGGCGUUCAAAUGUAUCGUACCGAUUCUGGCUGUGUCGGCUCUGCUGAACUGGGGAGCGGAGGCUGGGCACGCGCCCUCUUUCCAACAUUUCCACGGGCCGGUGAUAGGUGACGGGCAGGAGGUCACUUGGAAGGACAAGCACGGACACCAUCAUCACGACUACGUGGCCCAUCCGCACUACGAGUUCUCGUACGGCGUGGACGACCAUCACACCGGCGACUAUCACGGCCAGAAGGAGCGCAGGGACGGCAAAGACGUCGUCGGUGAGUACACGGUGAAAGAACCAGGCGGCAACAUCAGGACCGUGAAAUACCGGGCAGGGAAACACGGAUUUUUCGCUCAGGUUCACAAUAGCAAUGGAAACGACCACGAAGGAGGCCACCAUCGUUAG